AUGUCGGGCAAAAUGACAUUAUAUAAAUUGGUGGUGCUUGGAGAUGGCGGUGUCGGGAAGACAGCUUUGACAAUUCAGUUAUGCUUGAACCACUUUGUCGAGACCUACGAUCCUACCAUUGAAGACUCUUACCGGAAGCAAGUCAUGAUCGAUCAACAGGCUUGCAUGCUCGAAGUUCUUGAUACUGCUGGACAAGAAGAAUAUACUGCUCUCCGUGACCAGUGGAUCCGAGACGGCGAAGGGUUUAUCCUUGUCUACAGUAUCACCUCCAGAAACUCUUUCACAAGGAUUCAGAAGUUCUAUUCCCAGGUACAGCGGGUCAAGGAGUCGGGACAUCCGAAUUCACCUACUGGCGCAAGUUACUUGCCUGCACAAAUGGCUGGCCAGCCCAUGUAUACCGGCCCUGUUCCUAUUAUGCUAGUUGGCAACAAGAGCGACCAGCAUCACGAACGGGAGGUCUCAGCCCAAGAGGGCCUAGCUCUUGCGAAAGACCUGGGCUGCGAAUUUGUCGAGGCUUCUGCCAAAAACUGCAUCAACGUUGAAAAGGCCUUUUACGACGUUGUACGGCAGUUGAGAAGGCAACGACAAUCACCUAUGAAGCCCGUCGACCGGAAGGCCACAAAUUACGGGCCCCAGCCGGGUCCACGAAACAACUAUGAAUCGGACCAUCAACGAAUUUACCGCGAACACACAAAGAAGCGCAGCAGCAAAUGUGUGAUUUUAUGA